CAGAUAAUGAGUGGUCUUACGACAGAUCGAUCACUCAGUAAACAGUACCUAACCUACUCUAAGAACCAAUGGUGAUUUUCCGGCUUAUCGUGUUUCGGAACGCGAGCCACUGAUUUUUUUAUUAUUAUGUUAAAAUAUGCUCCUCUAGAUUGUUACAGUGUUUUGAAACCGUUUCGUAUUUAUAAUAUCGAUACAGUGGUGCAUGUACGCAUACAAUGCGCAAGAUGUAUCGUUUUUAUAUAGGUAGCGAUGCGGACUGCAGAGACUGACGUACGACCUAUCUAAAGAUCUGUAACAUCGUUUCAACACAAUAAUAUUACAAUACCAUAAAUAUUAAAUAUAACGUUAUACAUGGCAUGGGCCUGUAUCUGAACAUAUGAUCUCCGCUGCAUCGAUCCGUUAUAGUUGACACAUUGACAGUAGAAAUAAUUUUAUUUAUCAUAAAACUGUAUUUUACGUCGUGCAGUACGUUUGUGUAUCGUACUGUCUGUUCUGGAGUUAACGUUUUCGACGUUUUGAAUAAAAUAACUCCGCGGACAUUCAAUACAUUUUAUUUUAUUUGUAUUGUUAUACAAACGGAGCAAACCCAAUUACAAAAAAAAAAAAGUCAUAAAUAUAACGUGGAACAUAAAAAACAUAAAGUAGUAACGAAUUAAAGAAAAUGUCGGUGUCGGCAGAACGGGGGAGGCGAACCAUUGGGUCACGACUAAGGAAAUUAGAAGGCAAAAGGGAAAUGGAAAAGGGAAUAGAGGAACGAGUGUGACGUGGGGUUACGCGGAAGAUUAUUUCGCUAAGUAACGGCGGAGUGUAAAUCCGGUUGGAUAGAUUGUCCUCAGGCCAACGAUCAGAGAGGAAAGCGAGGCCAAGGCGCAAGCAAGACCGGCGGCACAUUCAAAUUUACACGUUUAAAUGUACUGGUGUUUUUGUCAACGAUUAUUAAUAAUUGCAAUAUGAAAUGAUGCGCUCUGGUAUUAUUAAGUAAUGUCAAUUUUCUUGUACCUCAUAGACUGCAGGGUAGCUAAGGGGACUAUAGCGCCCCGAAAUCUCUUCUAGCCCCGUCAAAAUUUCUUACAGCUUCCACGAUAACGGCGGAUAUGUAAUAAAAGGUUUGUUCGUUACCAUUUUUUUUCUUCGCAAAAAUAUACGGAACAAGCGCAGUUUAGUCCCCUUAGUCCCCUCCCCCAACCCUACGCUUAUGUUGUCUCUCCUCGAAACUUGUGCGAAGUAUGUCCGUACGAUUUUAAUGUCUAAUUUUAAUCAACCUAAAUAUUUUAGUAUAUUUCUUAUUAGCUGUAAAUCGGGUUAAGCCCAUUUACGUUUCAAUAAAUAAAUAUUGUUUAGACAUAAUACGCCGUCAUUUUGUAUUUAUGAAUGAUUGAAUCGCUGUAAACCACGUCAGCUUGCGAGACCAUAUUUUUUUUUUUUUCUGUGGAUAACUCUUCUUCCAGUGAUCUUGCUCCGGUUUUUAUGCAUAGCGCCUUUUCUGAAAGGAAACUUUACUGGACAGGUACUUUAAACAAGUCGUUUUUCGAUUUUCUGCGGAGUUUUCUCAACAAAUGUGAAAACCGAGAAAAAAAAAAUGUAGGAAAAAAGGGAAAAUGUAAGAAACGCAGAUAUUAGCUAAAAAUUGUAUGGUUUUAUUUUAACUAUCUACUAUCACCAGUGUGGUAGGUAACACAAAUUCCAUAACGAUGUGCAAAAUUAUUCACAUUAUACAUGAUAUUACAAUGUCUAUUACUGAUAGAGUAUCAGUAAUUUUUGCUUGAUUCGCAAUAGCCAGAUAGAUUUUACUGACUUACAAACAAAAUUCAAAUUACAGCAGCCGUAUCUCUGCAGUUAAUUUUGGACUUAAAACGUUAAAAACGUUUUAAACUUAACACUUUUAAACGGUUUAACCAUUAAAGUCCAGAAAGAACCUAGUGGUUAAUGAAUGUUAACAAAAAAAAAAAAAAAAAAAAUGUUAUAAUACGCUUCCAUUAAAAUGACAUUUUUUACUGAAAAAAAUAAAAACCAAUUCAAAUCGCAAUGCUCUGUGCAAUAGGAUGUUAAGUGUUUUAAACGAGCGUUUCCACGCUUUACAUAUUAUGUACAAGCGUUUUUCUUCGGCCCGGAAACAUAAUAUUUAUCGUGGUUCACCGAGUUUUGUUCGGUAACUCACCAACUCGAACCGGCCCCGAGUAUAAUUUGUGAUGCGAUCAUGACAAACAGUCCUAAAUAACUCAACGAAAUAAUUAUCAAUAUAUAAACCGAACGCGUCAGUACCUACACGGUUUAAUGAAGAAUGUUUUACGUGUCCAGAUUUACACACGAUUAAUACAAUGGACACCCAGUAGACAAUGACUAAUUUGCGUUUAUCGCUGUAAUAAAUGAUUAAUACAUGACGGAUAUAUCCAAUAGAACUCUCGAGGUGGGGCCUUUCCACUCGUGAAUAUUUAUACGUUUUUGAAGGGGGAUGAAAAUGGACGCGCAGUGUAUAAUCGCUAAAAAACGGCUCGGGACGUGCUGUAAACACAUUAGGAUUGGGGCCAGUUUGAAAGCCGUCCGAGCUGUGCACCGGCGCAGAGCCUCGCACAUUUAAAGGCUCCGCUGAGGGUUCACGAACGCUAGGGGUAUGUCUGCUCACAAUCAUAACUAGAGCAGAACUCGGUAAUUUCACGCGGUUAUUUAGAAAAAGGUAUUCCAGAAUAAUUGGGACGGGUGCAGAGCCACUGUUGCAAUUUAAUGUGUAUAUCUGUAAACAGCGAUUAUUCAUUGCUAACGAAAAAACGAUUCUGAGUGGAGUUCGGUUAGUAAUAGUGUUGCUUUGUCAAGGAUAUAUUGCAUGUCACAUUGUGGUAAAACAAUUACAUUAGCGUUGUAUAUUUUCUUUAAUUAUAUUUGUUUAAUAUUGUACCAAAUUUCCCGUGUUUCCCAUUUGUCGACAAAACUCCUGGGAAAAUUAAAAAACGAUCUCCCAAAAAUGCUCCCCAAGUCAAAUUUUUUAUAAGAAAACGUGCCACACUUGUAAAUCGGAACAUGAUUUCUGGUAGAAAAGUUGUUCACAGAUAAAACAAUAAAAAUAAUCAUCAUUGUAAUAUCAUAAUAGCUUCUUUGCUUCACUCAGAAUCUGAAAUACAAAUUAAAAUCAAUGAACUAACUAACGAGAAUUGUAUUAUGAAGAUCCGAGUUCCGUCCCAAAUGUAAAAUUUUAAUUUAAGGACGUAUUUGUUCCGUCCCGUUUUGCGGGACAUUACAUUAUAUUGAUGUAGCGUGCAAUUUACGACUACGGUAACAAUUUUCUAUUAUUUAGAAAUAUUUAGAUAAUAUUGCUUUCGAUUAUCGCACUAAAUAAUCGAAUUUGUAUACAAUAAUACUUUUACAUUAUUUGCGUUUGUUCUGUGUUUUAAUAUUGAUUAGAAAAACGUCUAUGUAUAAAUUAUAAUUUUUUUUGUAUCAUAUAAAUUCAAUUCAAUUAGAAAUUUUUGUUCCUGAAAGUAAAUUACUACGGUUGAAUUGUUUGUAUUUAACAUUUAUGCAUUUUAAUAUUGAUAAGAACAUUUUUUUUUAAUCGGGACGGAAUCGGUGUGAAAUAAGGCCACGAUUGGGUACGGCACACGGAACGCAGCCGCGAUUUGGAAACACCGUGUUGGUUAAUUCGCGAUUCGUAACGUAAAAAUCCUCGGUUUAGGUACGCGGUAGACCGCUCGUUACGACGACUCGAAAAAACGUAAUAUUAUAUUCCAAGACCGUUGCACUGUAAUAUUAUUAUUAUUAAUGUAAUAACAGCGUACGUAGGUAUAGGUACAGACAAAACAAAAUUUGAGUGGUUUUUUUUUUAUCAACGAGAAGUCUGCAUCAGCGUAAUAUCCACGUAAUAUACCGAAAAGAUUUACAAUUUUUACGUACGUGUAUGUAUAAUUUUAUAUCGUAAAAAAAAUGAAGGUCGCGCGUAACUACCUACACUGUUGCGGUGUACAUAAUAUAUCCACGUACCUACACACGUUACAAUACGCGCACGCACACGUACACACACACACACACGUACGCAAUACUAUGUAAUUUUCCGCCUACUUGCUGAUGUGUUUCCGAGACUUUUCCUAAUUUGGUGUAUUCCGGGGCUACGGGAAAGGCGGAUUUUUAGCUCUCUCUCUCUCUCUCUCUCCCUACUCGCCGUCACACGACGCCGCCGGACCGCGGCGGACGGACGUCGUGUGGGCGAUCCGAGAAAACGUCCGCGCCGUACACCACUCGCGUGACGCUAAUAAUUUUAUAUUAUUAUUAUCAUCGCAGUCGUCACUGUCCGCGCGCAUCCCGACGGGUCUCGACGCGUAAAAAAAUGGUGAACGAUGUUCGAUGCGCGGCGACCCGGACGUUUGCGCAUCGGCUGUGAGUUUCGCCGCACUCCCGGGACGCCGUACAGACCGCCGCGCCCGCGAUGACGACGGACGGCGUAGUGCGGACCGGAACCGCGCGGACCUUACGCGCCAGGAGGCGACUUUUCCCGCGUGGCGACGACGGCGACGGCUGCGCGAUCGCCACCGCCGAGCGGAUCGGACGCGACGCGCUCGCCCGGAAACGGCGACGGUGGGGUUUCGAUUUCGUCGACGGCGCGCCGACCGCGGACGGGACUUGGCGAUGGGAAAUCACGGCGACAAAGGCGGCCGACAACGACGGCGGACAACGCGGAAACGAUAACGGCGAGGAGACGUUUGAAAAACCGAAAGAACAACGGCGCAACAGCAUCGUCUCGGCGUGUGGUGGUUUACAGUCCCGCGUUCCUGCGACGCCGUAAUAAUACGUCACUUACUUAAACUGUAGCCAGGAAAUUUAAGCGUUUAACCGUAUAGCCGUAGUGAUCGAAUUAACCUAAAAAAAAAAAAGAUACUUUAUAAUAAUCGCAAAUCAAACGAAAAGUUUAAAGUCGCUCUUUCGAGAACAACUAUACGUUUAGAAGUAACUUAGAUUUUAAUCGUAUAAUGUAAUAUAACUAACCAAGUUAAAAUGUUUUCACGAAAUAAAUUAUUCGCUAAGAGUCUACUUUUUUCUUUUUUUCUUUUUUUUUUAUGAAUCACGAGAAAACUUGUUUUGAUUCCACGACCCGUUGCAUUUAAAAUGCAAAAAGUCCUCGAAUACAGGCCCUGAAAAUCCGAGAACGCCAAAAUAUUCGAAAUCCAAUAUUUUUUAUUUUAUAGAACCGUGUUAUUCAUAGGCAAUGAAACGCAUUUCGGCAUAAGCUAGCUAUUUUUUUUUUUUUUUUUUUAACAAAUCAAUAAACACGUGCGAAUGCGUCUAUUUAAUAUAAAUGUUCUAAUAUUAUGUUUUGUACAGUACUUGUUACCUAAUUACUACAGUAUUGUAUUUCUAUUAUAUUGUAUCGCGUGUUAUUUAUCGACGAACCUAUAAUGAUUUUAUUUAAGACUUCUGAAGGUACUGUUUAUUCCUGUGUAUUAUGUUUUAUUGUGUAAAAUAAAAGCUCGAAAAUAAUGUUAUUUCACUGUAAAUAUUAAAAUAUUAUAGAAUAAUCGAAAUCACGCGCUCGAUCGUUUUUUAUAACAUAAUUUCGUCCGGUAAUGUGUGUCGACCACUCUUUAAAAUAUCAUGGAAAAUAUUCUUUGAAUGUCCAAUUUUCGAAAAAUAUUGCGGUAAUACACAUUCAACGUGUUUGUUUCGGGAAUCGUGUAAUUUCCCGUAAAAAAAAAAGUCUCUGACGGAUAUUGCUCUCGUUCGAUUGUAUGUAUAUAAAAAAAAAAAAAAAUCGAAUAAAUAAAUCAAAAGCUUUCAAAAUUAAAUUUCGCCUUUUAUUCCUCAAAUCACCGAUGAUGCGAACAUUUUCCGCGCUAUCCCGCUAAAACAGUUCGACAGGACAGUUAUUUUAACUUUUGGACGGCCGGUAAAAUCGUUAUGGAUUCUGAGCGGAGCGCGGAAUCUAUUGGUUCUACAAUGUUGUUUAUUUUUUUUUUUUAUUUUAUCUCUGAAAAACUUUUAUACCAGCAAUUUUGCUCCGAUUUACAAUAAUGGCGCUUUUUCUAAAAUGUAUUCUGACCGGGGAGAUAAUUUAGGGAGGUGAUUUUUUUUUGAUUUUCCCAAUUGGUUGGAAAAACUGUGGAAAAAACACGGGAAAAUAGAUACAAUUGUAUUAAACAGAUAUUAUUAAAGGAAAUAUGUAACGCAUGUAUGCAAUUAUUUUACAAUAAAA